ACCAGAGGAGCAGACUGCAAGAAUGGCACUUGACAAGUGUUCUCCUAUGGAAAAUUUUUGGAAGAUCUUUGAAGAAUACCACAUAGAUGAAGAUGUGGGCUUUGCUCUGCCAAAUCCACUGGAGGAGCUACCUCACCCUUACGACGCCUGGGUUUCCAUCGCCAAAAAUCUGCCUGAACUGAUUAAGAAUGGCCAACUACGUGCGGAAGUUGAGAAGUUAGCAACUCUCAGCAUUGACCGGCUCCAAGGACACAAGGCACAGCGCCUCGCACAUCUGGUUCUGGGGUAUAUCACCAUGGCAUACGUGUGGGGUAAAGGUGAUGAAGAUGUUCGGAAGGUCUUGCCGAGCAAUAUUGCUGUUCCUUACUGCAAGGUGUCUGAGAAGCUGGGACUGCCUCCCAUUCUGGUUUAUGCAGAUUGUGUCUUGGCAAAUUGGAAGAAAAAGGAUCCCAGUGGGCCCAUGACUUAUGAGAACAUGGACAUUCUGUUCUCGUUUCCUGGUGGAGACUGUGGUAAAGGAUUUUUCCUGGUUUCUCUGUUGGUGGAAAUGGCAGCUGCUUCUGCAAUCAAAGUGAUCCCCACUAUAUUCAAUGCAGUACAACGUGAAGAUCCAGAUACUUUGCAAAAAGCACUGCUUGAAGUAACUUCUUGUCUCCACAAAGCCCUUGAGGCUUUUCAUCAAAUUCAUGAAUAUGUGGACCCAAACCUGUUUUUCAACGUUCUUCGCAUAUACUUAUCUGGCUGGAAAGGCAACCCCUUGCUGCCAGAGGGUCUGCUCUAUGAAGGUGUCUGGGACACCCCAGAGAAGUUUUCCGGGGGCAGUGCAGGCCAAAGCAGCAUCUUUCAGUGCUUCGAUGUUCUACUUGGCAUUCAGCACACUGUUGGUGGAGUUCCUUCAGACUCUGCUGCUCAGUUUCUCCAGGAGAUGAGAACGUACAUGCCUCCGGCUCACCAGAGCUUUCUUCGCUCAUUGGAGUCUAGCCCCUCAGUCCGUGAGUUUGUCCUUUCAAAAGGUGAUGCUGCCCUGCAGGACACUUAUAAUGAAUGUGUGCAAGCUAUGGUCUCCCUGAGAAGCUACCAUUUGCAAAUAGUAGCUAAGUACAUUGUGAUUCCUGCAAGUCAGCGAUCCAAGAAAAAACAAACCUCAGAAGAGCCUUUGGAAUUAGAAAAUAAAGGAACUGGAGGCACCGAUAUCAUGUAUUUUCUGAAGACUGUAAGAAGUACAACUGUGAAUUCCUUACUGAAGGAAGAGUAAUGUAAUCUAAGAAAGUGUGUAUUCUGCUACCGCAUGUGGUAACGUAUCUGCUCUUUAUAUCAGAAAUAGCAUUAACAUUCAUAAUUUGAGGAGAGGAAAAUAAAACCAGUCAAAACCCUUGCACAUUUAUGUUUAUAGCAGCUUUAUUCAUAAUAUCCCACACUUGGAGUCAUUGAAGAUACCCUUAAAUGGCCAAAUGGAUGAGUAAACCAAGGUACAUCCUGACCAUAGAAUGUUACUCAGGGCUAAAAAAGCAGUGAAUGAUCCAGCCAUGAAAAGACAUGGAGAAAUGUAACAUACAUAUUACUAAGUGAAAGAGGUCCCUCUGAAAAGGCUACAGACUGUGUGAUUCCAACUAUGACAUUCUGGAAAAAGGUAAAACCAUGGAAGCAGUAAAAGGAUCAGUGAUUUCCAUGAGUCAGGACAGAGGGAAUGAUGAAUAGGAGAAACGCAGAGGAUGUUCAGGGCAGUGAAACUAUCCUGUAUGAUAGUAUGAUGAUGGACACAUGCCAUACAUUUCCCAAACCCCAUAGAAUGUACAAAACCAGAAAUGAACCUUUUGUAAACUGUGGACUUUGGGUGACCAUAAUGUGUAAGUUUAUCAAUUGUAACAAGUGUACCAUUCUGGUGUGCAAAUCUGUGUGUGUGUUGGGUAGAAGAUACACGAGGACUCUGUACUUUCUGUUCAAUUUUGCUAUGGACCUACUCUAUA